UCCAAACUCACUUUAUCAUAUUUAAAUACUAAAUGUGUGUUUGAAGUGUCUGUGGUUUGUCAUAUUUUAAUACUAGACUAGAUGUGUGUCUUUAGUGAAAAUUAAUUAAAUCAUCUUGUUGUUGUUCCUCAUCUAACAAAAUGUGUCUUCAAAUGAAACAAAUCCUUUUACUUAUGCUAUGGUUAACGAGUUAUAAUUUUAUUACAGGUUUUAGUGAAGUGUCCCCACACACAGUAAAGAAAAAACAUGUAAUAAUUGAAGAUAGUGAACCAGAAGCAAUAGUUUUGGACUGCGAAUACGAUGCAGAAAACUAUCAAUCUUCAUUGCUUGUUAAAUGGCUAAAAGAUGGAAAACCAAUCUAUCAAUGGAUUAAAGGACAUGAACCAUCAGUAUAUUUAUCAUCAGAAGAACUCAUCGAUGAAUCAUUUGAAGCAUCAACAAAUGCCAACUACAAACAUCGUGCAAUAAAAUUUCCAUUUCCCACGAAAGAUAUUUCUGGGAAUUACAGUUGUUUGAUAACAAUGAACACGACUCAAACUUUUCAAAUCGAUCUUCAGGUAGUUGAUAUUAGUCGAUCUAAUUUCGAGCUCAACAGUGAAACUUCAAAAAAUGAAACUCGUGUUACAUGUGCAGUUGACAACGUUUAUCCACAACCAUAUCUCAUUGUCACGAGUAAUGAGGAUAACAUGACAUUAACCAAAAUCUCCGAAGAAUAUGAACCGGAAAACAAUGGAUUUUACAAUGCUACCACUAUUGUAUCUGCGAACGGAUUUGAUACAAACGAUGUUAUUUCAUGUACCCUGUUGUUUCCUGGAAUCGAAUAUAAUAUGACCAAAACCUUAACAUCAUCAGGUUCAAUUAUUAAAAGCACUAUUUUAGUUUUCGUAUUAGCUUUAUUAUACUGUUAUUAGCGCCCAGCAAUGAUAUCUAUGUUUUAAUUACUCGUAUGCACACACACAGAUAUAUAUAUAUACGUCUUCCAUACUAAAUAAAUUGUUUUAAAGUUGUUG